AUGGCAAGCCAAGAUGUUGCGUUGAUGGUGCAAGGGAGCGGAGCAUACGCUUCACCACGCCAGGAGGUCAUUAUCCACAGGACCGUGCGGGACGUUGGCGGGGCCAACUGGCCGGUCCUCACACGCACAAACUAUGGCGAAUGGGCGGUGCUGAUGAAGGUCAAGUUGCGUGCGCGCAAGCUUUGGCGGGCCAUCGAGGAAGGCACCGAGGAUGAAGAAGAGGACUGCGCAGCGAUGGAAGCGAUUCUGUCCGCUGUGCCUCACGAUUACGUGGAGUCGCUAGGCGCAAAGGACUCUGCAAAGGCUGCUUGGGACGCCCUCAAGGCCAUGCGCAUCGGGAAUGUGGACCCUGCUUACGCGCGUGGAUACAAAGUUAUGUUUUCUGAUGGGUACCCUUUUCUCUUGCUGUCUCAGGGAUCGUUGAAUGCCUUAAACGCCCUUCUCCAAGACCCUAUCCCCGUCAACCGUUUUAGACCCAAUAUCGUGGUAGAUGGAUGUGAACCAUUUUCCGAAGAUCUGUGGACAGAGGUGCGGAUAAACGGGUCAACCUUCAAUGGUGUUAAAUUAUGCGGCCGUUGCAAGGUACCCACAAUUAAUCAAGAAACUGCAGUUGGCGGAUCUGAGCCGACUCAAACUCUGACGAGCUUUCGUUCUGAUAGAGUAUUGCGCCCAGACAAGAAAAAGCCUCAGGGGAAGGUGUAUUUUGGACAGAACAUAGUUUGUAAGGACACCCUCAGUGAAGGAAAGGGAAAGAGCAUUAAAGUGGGAGAUCCUUUAUUUGUCGUCAAUUCAGUGUUGUCUGCUGCCGAUGCUGCUGCUUAA